AUGCGUCAUCAUUCUGACGAUUGUGGCCGAGUUUUUGGCUCUUGCGUGCCUCUUCGUUUUCACAGCUACUAUCUUCUGGAUGGUCGUGUGAACAUGAGCGAAAAGACGAGGCGGCUGCAAAAGCAGCUUCUCAAUAUUUUCGUUCCAUUUGCUACUCUGGCCGGACCCUGGGGUUACGGAGCUGUCGUCGUGAAUUGGAAACUGACAACCUCGCCUGUUAUGAUGCACGGCAUCUUUUACAUUGACGGUGUUCAUGGUAUGCUCUCGUCGCUGGAAAUAUUGCUUUUGACUCGACCUUACCGUCAAUACCUCUAUCGGUUGUUGACUUGUGCGGGAUAUAGGAAACCCUCACAUACGGCGUCCCCGAUUAGCUUCGAGGCGCAGACACAUCGCAUUCGCUUCCAUGGAAAACCGUCAACAGGGUUGCAUGAC